UGUUUUCAAGGAAGUUUUUUAACGAUAUUAUUUUUGAAUUAAAAACACACCUGUGGAUCCAUCUAACGGGCCGCGCGCAAGGAGCAACACUGCAACACGUCGUCGUUUUGCGAGGGUGACUCUGCACAAUCUCACAAUCAUCAUCACUGCAACUUUGACAAUGCUUUUCCGUAACCGCAUAUCACGCCCUAAAUCAACGCAAUAAUAUCCACGUUACAAGCCCGGAGUGAUCUAUAUCCACUUUCGUGCUACGUUUUCAUUGGUUCAUAUUCCACCAGCAUUUGACUUUUUCAUUAGCUGACCAACCACAUUGAGAGGCGCCCUCCAAACCUAAUACUUCAGCCUCACAAUAUUAUUAUCGGAGAAAGGCUUCAUAAAAGCGAAAGGCCUUCUUUUUGGUUUGCCUUUCCUGCUUUCCAGUUUUGUGCUCACUUUUAUCCGCCGAGUGGGCUAUGGAGUGUGUGGACCCUGUUACCUCACUCAUCCCUGACUCGCCUUCUUUUCAGCCGAGUUGUGACUCGCCCAUGAGACACCAUCAUCAUCCUCGGAAUUGCAUAAAUUGCAGGAUGGAUCCGUCCCGGAAGUCCAAGCUCAGGCCUUUUGGCCCUUUUAGCUGUGGGUGCUUCUCUGAAUCUCGCUUUCACUUUUGUACCAGUUGGUGCAAUGGCCGAAUCCCAGGAAGUAACUGUCGAGGGGGUUCCGGGAACGCCUGCCAUAAGGGAGGUGAGACCCGAGAAGGUGUCCGAAAAGCUCAAUGCUGGAAACGCGUCAAGUGAGAACCCGAGUUUCGGGAUCAGAAGAGUUAAUUUAAGAGCUGAGAUUGACACAUCGCCGCCAUUCGGGUCUGUUAAGGAGGCAGUGACCCGUUUCGGAGGUAGUGGACCUUGGCCACCUCUUUACAAGCUUGGAGAGGCUUUUACUAGAUGGGGAAGUGGUGGAGUACAGAUCAUUUUGAGAUUCAAAAAUCGAAUGCACCUUUCAGAAUUUUCGUGGAAGAUGCUGACGCUUUGCUGGGAACAUUUUCUUUUUUCUUGAUAAACUGUUGGACACAUUUUGCAUGUGUACUUUCGGGGUUUUAACUACUAGUGAAAUGAGUAUCUUUAAAUUGCCACAGUAAUUAUCCUUAAGGAUUAAGGAAGCCAUUCAUAUCAGUCCUUUGAAUUUUCUAUGAUCAGGUUUCCCAUGCAUCACCCCGUCCAUUCUUACAAGCAUUAUUCUUUUUGCAUUCUUGAUAUCUCUGUACUUCUUUGGCUUACUUUCUGAUAUGG